CCACGGGUCAUAUGCCUCAGUUCAGUGCUCACGGCUCAUACGCCACAUACAACUCCUUAAGUAUUCCAUCUUUUUUGUUAUUCCACGCUUUUUAUUCCACUACAAAGCUGCCAUCUUGAUAGCCUGAGUGUAAUGGGCAAACCUCGUCAAAACCCAUCAAGGCUGUAUACGUUUCCACCGGUACAGAAUCAACGCUGCCAGUGAUAUCUGUUAGGCGGCGUCCGAGAAUGUUUUACAGGCAGGCGAACAUUAAAAACUUACUGUUCCUCCUCGUCUGUAUUACCGUACUGGUCGUGACUACACUGUUGUUUACCUUGGGUGACAUACGUCGGACUGUUGUUGGCAGAACGUCUGAUAAUUGGACAUCAAGCCUCCAGAUUAAUAGAACUCACAAUGUGGCGAUGGGUGUGCAUAAAUUGCCGCAAAAUCAACAAUCGACGAAAUGCCUGGCAUUGAAGGACAUACCUCAUCUAGUGGACAGUAGGCCGAUGAAUUUGACUGCUGGCAUACCGAUGUACGAGUUGGAAAGAACAAUCUUCCCUGAUCACCCAGAACGAAUCCGAGAUGUAGUGUCCCGAGGCAACCGGAAGUUACAGAGACUAGUGUACACCGCGGCCGCCAACGUAUCCCUGAUCAACGGCUCACGCAUUAUGGAGGGCUUGGCUUCGCUACAGGUCCGCAGCGGAGACUAUCGUUACCUACCGGGUGGUCACUGGCGGCCAGCCUCGUGCAUACCAAGAUGGAAGGUCGCUAUUGUUGUUCCGUUCAGAAACCGAACCGUCCAGUUGUCGAUAUUUUUGCGUUACAUGAUUCCGUUUCUACAAAAACAACAACUGGAGUUCGCCAUCUACAUAGUGAACCAGGAGAGUGACAAUUCCUUCAACCGUGGAAUGCUGCUCAAUGUGGGUUUCCUAGAAGCUUUGAAUUUCUCUCACUGGGACUGUUUCGUCUUCCAUGAUGUGGACCACCUGCCACUGAGCGAGUUUAACCCUUACGGGUGUGUGGAUCUGCCCAGGCAUUUCAUUGGCGGGGCCGACAACCGGCAAUACAAGGUACCCCCUUGGGCUUCUAUGGGUGGGGUGUGUGGCUUCACCACCCCACAGUUCUGGCAGAUCAACGGUGUCGCCAAUGUCUACUGGGGAUGGUGUUGCGAGGACGAUGACCUAAAGGUGCGCGUGCGCAUGGCUCGUCUUAAAAGGACACGCUACAAGGGAACGAUCGGGUAUUACAAAACCAUCAGUAUUCAUCAUGAAAAGAUCAAGAAGGGAGUGAAAAGACUUGAAAGAAGAAAUCGAAAGCUUCUCAAGACUUUGCGAAGUCGCGUCAAGACGGACGGAUUGACCAAUCUUAAGUAUGACAGGCCCCAUCUGGAGCUGCAUGCGUUAUACACCAACAUCUCAGUGAAGAUCCAUCGUUCUUAGCUUGGCAAGAUACUCUGGAAGUUAUUUCUUACAAUUGCAACAAUCAGUAUAAUGUCAAUUGAAGGCGGGGUUGGUACUCGUUUGAAGUAUUUUGAAAUUUGAAGAACGUUUGUCUACAGUUGACCAGAUUUUAACCCUAUAUUAUCUUAUAAUAGAUUCUAACCCGUAAACUAAACCUUAAGUACGACCUGUAGACACCCCUCCCCCGGUUGGUUUACAUCACGGCAGCAUUUUUGCCUUACUGCCAAAACGGAUUUCCAAGAAUGAAUAACAUUCUAAAGUAAAAGAAUAAAAAACCAAUCGAACAUUAAGGCUCUUUAACGCUAACCUUCCCAAAUCCUCUAAAUUGCAAAGCGACGGAUUUUUGCGGGAUUGAAGAUAUGACUAAAUGUGUAGCUGAUUUGGAGGAUGCACUGUGUUAAGGUCUUGGGCCGGACUUUGUGUUGUUUAUGCUCAGCUGUGCAUAAACUGAGGACUUGAUUAAUACUUAAAAUAAUCACUGCUCCAGGGUGUCACUUCAGUAGGGGGGGGGGGGGGGGGG